AUGGUAAGGGGGACGGCGCCGCACAUCAUCGCGCACGAGGAUGAUGCGUAUCUGCAGCAGCACGGCAUUGUCGAACUCGUGGAGAACCUCGCCCAUGAGCUUGUCGAGUGCAAACCAAGAAACCAUCUCGCAUUCAUGCUUCAGUGGUUGACGAAGAUGUCGCAAGAGGAAGGGACCGGGUGUGGCGAAGCGUCACGCGAGGGAAACGAGGCUGCUGCUGCCGCCGCCGCCGAGCAAAAGACAUGCGGCCACGAAGGUUCCUACGGCAGUGGUGGGACAAGCACCAAGGCAGACGGUGAUGGGGAUGGCGAAACCUCGCCUGAACUCGCCGUGUUUGCGCCUGUGAAGGAGUUGUGUAUUGAGGUUUCUCACGCUGGACGGAAUAACACCUUUGGUAGUGGCCUCCAAUUGGGCGAAAACUCCUUCCACAGCAAGGAUACACCGGCGGAAAAUUCCUUCAAGACACAGGUAAGCUUGGCCUUGUCGCUUGAACGGAUGCCGUUUAAGAAGGAGUUAACACCGGUGUAUGUCGACCCUGAGCUUCUUGCCUCCACAAGGCAGCUGUUAGAAAUAGUGCAGCUCCUCCCGCCAACGGAACACACUGCCGCCCUCGUAUUCCUUGAAGGUCUUCUGGAUAAGAAAACAUCACCCUCAUCAUGUUUGCCGCUUCGGCUGGAUUCCUCACUGGGGCCGAUGAUAAACAGAGAAAGCAACGGUCCGACACUAACAGAAGGAGCGGGGCGAUCUUCUGCGAGUGUGCGCAGUUUUGAUGUCACCAACGUUGCCAACGAAACACCACUCCCAUCGGCUCACCUGCAGGAGUUGGUGAACGACGCCCUGACCGCCAGCAUCGUCGCGCGGGAGAUGAUAGACCCUGAGAACACGGAUGAGCUGCCGCAUUCCUCCUUCGCCCGGAUACCUAUUUCAUCCUCUGGCCCACUGCAGCGACGCGACAGGAUCACAUCACGGGAACUUCCGCUUGGCCGGAGCUACGAUGAUGACUCCCGUUCGCAGCUAUGUUUUACAUCCCCACUUCAGAGCUCACUCUGGCACCAAUGCCGUCUUGAUGGCUCCGCCUACACAGCGUUAAGUGGGGAAGAACGAGAACGUAUGGCGGGACUCUUGCGGAGGCAUACAUUGGUCGAAGAGGACGAGCUGAACGCGGUGCGAGAAGGCUUCGCAGCGUAUGAGCCAUUAAGCCAAUUUGACGAAACGCAAAAGGAAGUUCUCAUCCGCCGCAUGGAACGCCACGUUCUACAGAGUGGUCAGUUGUUAAAGUGCGAGGGCGCACUUAGUUUUGUCUAUACUGGGGCGAUUGUGGUGGUGUAUGAAGGCCGUGACGUGAGGACAUUCCCAAGCGGCUCUAUCUUUGGCUGGCGAGAGAUGUUGCAAGAUCCCGAGAUGUUCGGCCCACCGGAUUUUCGCGCCGUGUCGGACGCUGUUGUGUUGACCCUUCACUUUGAUGCCUUUCAAACUCUACUGGACAAUGAAAAAGAGGCCCGACGUUCCAUGUUCCUCAGGUUUUUUGACAGGUCCGAUAUUCUCUCAACACUCUCCUUGAGCGAGCGCAAACGUUUGGCAGGUUUUUUGCGUGUGAGGAACUAUAAUGCCGGUUCUCUCAUUUUGCAACGCGGGAGGCCGGUGGAAUGGUUCUCGUUGGUGAUCGGCGGCAGAGCGCGACGGGUUCAGAACAAUGAGGAGGAGCCAGGGGAGAAUGCAUUGAGUGGCAGCGGCUCAUCUGGUGUCUCCGGUGUUGUUUCCCUACAAGACGCCACUACAGGGAGUGUAAUUGCCGAUGUUGAGUUUUUCUUCCGCUCAAAGGCACUUACGGAUAUAGUGGCGACGACGAAUGUGCAACUGGCGCAAGUGCACAAACUGUAUUUUCACAUGAUCAUGUCCCAACACGUCAUGAAUGAAAUGAAGUUUGUGGUGGGCGGGAGCCAAGCUGCAAUGGCGCUUAUUCCCCUGGCAACCGGUGAUGUUCUCCAGGAGCUGCAGAAAUCUGGUGUACGUGACAGCUGCAGCUCCAAGAAAAGGGGUGAUGCGCGGGAGGUGAAGCGUGAUUCGAACUCUACCCAGACGUCAAGUCCCUACACCUCCAAGCCAAUCGGAGCAGCUGGAGCCACCAUGGCAAAAACAAUGGGUCGAGCCAAGUGGCGGCAUGUGCGCUCAGCAGGAGAGAUAAUGUAUGCGGGGAAGCGAAAUUUGUAUCGCUUUCCCGUUUCCGCCCUUGAAGCUGGAAAUACAGUCAUGAUUGUUGUGGUGGCAGAUGGUACUAUCAUCCGCUGGAAUGCUGCAGCGGGACGUAUCACUGGGUUCCAGCAGCACCACGUCCUUGGGCAACGCAUCUUUGAGUUCCUCGCCAAUGACACCGCCCGACGUUACAUGCGGGAACAGCUGCUGCAAGCACGCAUGUGCGCUGGCAACUGGGAUGGCUACGUCACGGCUGGGCACUCGUCUCCGCGUGCUUACCGCUUUCGCCAGUCCUCGGCGCUGUACCACGUCAACUUGGUUUUGAGUGUCGUGCCGUCGUGCAUCGAGGCCUCUGGUGAUGUGAUGUUACUCGUGGGCCGUGAAGCUGAGAACCACGCUGCGGCAAACUAUAUGGAGGACGCAACGCGGUGGAUGAAUGAAGUCCUGCGGCCGCAGCUCCGUGCGUUCCAAAAACGAGUGGAAAACCUUGGUGCGAGGAACUGGGAUAUUUCGCCAGAGGAUGGUAAACGCCUCCAGGGCCAUGUUGAGGCAUGCAACCAGUUGAUGGAACGCUAUCUGCGGCUCUCAAUACUCAACGUGGAGUCGAUGAAUGAGUCAUGGAAACCAGUACGACUGCAUAACGUUGUGCGGCAGUUCACUCGGGAAGUGUCACAGCAGGUGAAUAACGCCGGUAACAGCUUCACUGGAACAGUCGAGCCGGACGUGCCGAAGAGUGAGGUAUUCUUGGACGUGGAGCACGCGUUAGAGGUGCUGCGGCGGGUGGUGUGUGGCGCAAACAACAAUGGACCGAACGUUCAGAUCGUGAUGAAGGUGUCGGUAGUGCAGCCGACUGCGUUAAACUCUGCGAGUCGCGAAAGUUCCUACGGGAUUGACAUAUCACGACGCGCCAGCCUCAUGCCGCCGCACAUCCUGACCCCAUCCUCUAUACAUUCCACACAGUCACAGAGCGUCAGUGGGGUCGGGAGUGGGAGCAACAUCACAUUUGGAAAAGAUAACGUGUGGUUAUGCAACGCGUCACAGCACCGGCAAUUGAUUGAUGGGUCUGCUUCGUCCUCGAUGCGGCGCGUUCGCAUUGUCAUUACAGAAAACUGGAACUCUCCAGAGAAUGAGUCGAAUGUCAACGACAACUCGGAAGCGAUAACAAGCCAAAGUAUUGAGAAUGCGAAUAUCUCGAGCACCAGCAGCACACGUCGCGUGGUGGUGAAGGAGUGUGAGGAGCUCGUCGCCACUAUGGGUGGUAGUCUGUCAUUUCAGACCUCCUUUGCAUCGGCAAUGGGAAACACCACCAGCAUUGAACUCCCUCUCUUGCCUGUGCCAUGGGCCGAUGAUGUUGACAAGGAGGAUGAGUCCGCCACGCUGUACGGCAGUCGGCCGCUCACUGUUAUUGUUGCCGACCGCGACGCAAAGCAGCGCCACAAUCUCUGUCAGCUAAUGUGGGCGCGUCGGCAUGCCGUUGUUCCUGUCACAUCAUACUGUGAAGUGAUGAUGAAGGUGGAGUGCGGGUGUGCUGACAUUCUCGUGAUUGAUCCGCCGCACUUGGAGGCUACGGAUGAAGACCAUGUCUCCUUUAGGGACGGCAACACCCCGUUCGACGCGCUGCAGUACCAGACGCACCUCGUUGUGGUGCUCUACACAGACGACUUCAAUGAUUGGCGCUCACGCAAGUUGAUGGAGAACUGUCAUGUGAUUGAGCUGCCCAAACCGGCUUCUGGGGCACUGCUGCACUUUGCCAUGCAUGAGGCAGAGCAACUCGUGGCUCGUAUGCUGGAGGAUGAGGAGCGGAUUGCGCAACUUCGAACUGCCUUCACGGAGCUGCAAGAAGGCCGUCACAAGGUGGGACGACUGCUGGGCAAAGGGGCAUUUGGGGAGGUGUACGAAGUCGAGGAUCUUCUGACGGGCGGUAAGUUGGCAAUGAAGCGUAUGCGCCUCGAAGACGGUGUGCUCGCUGAUGAUGUUGUUCAGGAGCUACUUGCAAUGACGUCUCUUCGGCAUGAGAAUAUUAUACAUUAUUUCUAUUGUCAGAAGCACAGCGACACACAAUUGUGCUUGUAUAUGGAGCUGGCGUCAGGUGGCACACUGCAGGGCAAAAUUCGUGCUCACGGCGGGCCCCUCCCACUGGACUCGAUUGUGUCACACCUACAGGACCUCUGCCGCGGUCUCGCCUAUCUUCACUCGCAGAACUAUGUUCAUGGUGAUAUCAAAACGGCGAACGCUCUAUUAGAUCAUCGUGGUCGCACGAAGAUUGGCGAUUUCGGUACCGCGAAACGCCUUAAAAGGGCAACCGAUAAAUUAUACACGAUGCUGGGCACCCCGCAGUUCAUGGCGCCGGAGGUAAUGAACGCUGACGUCUCUCAGGGUAUGGGGUACAACCAGAAGGCGGAUAUAUGGUCUCUGGGCUGUGUGGCACUGGAGCUGGCGAGUGGCGUGCCGCCCUUCUCGUAUCUGGAGUGCGCACAUGGCAUGGGAAUUUUCUUCUACGUGAGCAAGCUCACCGAUACACCGGAUAUCUCCCCGAUUGCCGAUGUGCAUCCGCUGUUGUACUCCUUUAUUGAGAGGUGCCUCUGUGUGGACCCCGACCAGCGCCCAACAGCCAAGGAACUUUUGCACCACGAACUCCUGCAGAUGGCGGAGAAGAGCACGCGAAAUGAACGUCUUGUCCGGCAGGUGGAAAUGGUGGAGAAGCUAACGUUGUACGCGGCUAUUGACCACGAGGAAGAAGAAGAAGAAGAGGAGGAGGAGGAGGAGGAAGAAGACGAUGCCAAGUACAAUGAUGAAAGAGGUGGAAGUGAAANGAAGAGCACGCGAAAUGAACGUCUUGUCCGGCAGGUGGAAAUGGUGGAGAAGCUAACGUUGUACGCGGCUAUUGACCACGAGGAAGAAGAAGAAGAAGAGGAGGAGGAGGAGGAAGAAGACGAUGCCAAGUACAAUGAUGAAAGAGGUGGAAGUGAAAGGAGUGGGGGGAACCCCAGCGGCAACAGCAGUCCGUGUCGAACUGCAUGCGGUGGUAACCGUGUGCUGCGACGCAGAAAAGAUGUCUGGGACUUUAACGCAAAGGGACAGCAGCGUGCGCGUGCAGGGAGAGAGAGUUUUUUCUUUUCCUCUGCCUCUAGUACGUCCGCCUUCUCCUCGCAGUGCGUGGAGGAGUAG